GCGAUUGUCCACUCAGUUUCAGGAGGAGUCGGCCAUUGUUUCAAAUAGAAGGUCUAAGCUUUUCAUCAAUGACGAAAGCUUUGUUUCGUAGCCUACGGAGGGCGUCUCCGUUUUUAUGGAAUUCUUCUCCAAAUCGUUUUUCUUUCGGGUCAGUUUUGCAAGUGAAAUCAACAAUUUUAUGUUCUUCAGAACUCCCAACUCCACCAAGCCCUUCAUGGCUGUCCAGAAACUUUAGUCAUGGUAGGGUGAACCUGCUGUUAUCACAAGGAAAACCCAAAUUUGAAACUCAUGAGGUUGACCCUCCUAAGAAGGAGAAGUGGCUGACCAAGAAGAGACUGAAGGUGCAGAGAAAGAGAGAGAAAGAAGAGAGGAAAGCAGCAAAUAGGAAGGAUCCACGAUGGCUUGGCAUAAAAGGAAACAAGAAGGAGAAAUUUGCAAAUGCUGGGGAAAGAAUUAAAUACAAGAUUGAGAAGGCUAAAAUCAAGGAAGCCUUACUGAUUGAAAGGCUUAAGCGAUAUGAAAUUCCUAAAGUUCAUGGUCCUGUAGUUAAACCGCAUGAGCUGACUGGUGAGGAACGGUUCUAUAUUGAAAAGAUGGCACAGAAAAGGUCUAAUUAUGUUCCAGUUGGCCGAAGAGGGAUAUUUGGAGGGCUCAUUCUUAAUAUGCAUAUGCAUUGGAAGAAACAUGAAACUGUUAAGAUUAUUUGCAAUUCUUGUAAGCCUGGCCAAAUGCAGGAGUAUGUGGAGGAAAUUGCUAGAUUGAGUGGUGGGUUACUGAUUCAAAUAAUUGGAGAUGAUACCAUAAUCUUCUAUUGAGGGAAGAACUAUGUGCAGCCAGAAGUCAUGUCACCAGUAGAUACAUUGUCCAAGUAAAGGGCACUGGAAAAGUCAAAGUAUGAGCAAUCGCUUGAUUCUGUAAGGCACUUCAUUGCUGUUGCAGAGAAGGAGCUGGAGCUGUAAUAUACACACAUUGCACUUUAUGGUGAUCCUAAUAAUAGGAAUCCCAUUUCAGUCUUGGACAGUCCAACAAAAGACUCACAGGAAUCAAGGAAAUUUGAGAUGCUUAAAAGAGAUAUCCUUUCAGACGCAGAAGCUGAUUCCAAUGAUCAAGAACUUUCAGAAACUGAGUAUGACCUCAAAGGCGAGGACUUAUCUGUAAGUGAAUCAGAUUCUGAAGAUAGCUUUUCUUUCUCUGAUGAAGAAAGCUCUUCUAGGUUGCAAGGGAAUGGUAUAGACUUAUCUAUAAUUAGGUCAGAUUCUAAUGAUAACACGCAUUGUUUUGAUGAAGAAAAUGAAGGCUCCUCCACAAAUUUGUGUUCAUCUUUGAUGUUUGGAAGUAGGUAUGAUUCCAAAGGUUUCUCAAGAGAACAAGUAAUUACGAAAUCAUAAAUGGGAAAGGCAACCUUGAUCUUCGCUGGUAUUUUUUUCACCUAAAUUAGCGCCUGGAAAAUAAGUCCUUAUCAGAUGAGAUUUGGCAGCCAUUUAACAUUUUGUAGUCUUCUCGUAAUUUAGAUCCUAAAAAAUAAUUAAUAAUCUUUGCUCUUUUUCUUUUCCUUUUCAAUUUACUGAUAAAAAAAAUUCUUUGCUCUUUUUCAUUUUCGGUGAAAUUCUUCAUGUUCAUGAUGAAAACAAUGCAAAAAUAGGUUGUUCUUGGUCUUUGCAUUUGAAAAAAUAAUAUUUGUGCAUUUUU